AGUCCGUAUAUGGCAUCAGUUCUGGGAACUUCUUUUAUCUCAAUCUUGUACUUGCCUGACCAUAAACAUUUGAUUUGAAAAGCGCCUUUCCUUUUUGAAGAGUAACUAAUGUUCUUUUUUUCCCCUUUUCAAAACCAUAGUUUCUAAUGGUACUAUCUGUAGUUGAACAAUCAACUAAGAUUUGUCCCCUAGUUUUCCUUGAACCCUGUAUUUCUUUUUUAAAUCCCCCUUGCACUUUAUUAUUUUUCUAAUUAAUGCUUCUUUGAAAAUAAGCAUGCUAUAAAAUUUUAUAUCUUCUGCUGCUUGAGUUAUAUAUUGUAAAAUAAGCCGUACAUUGUCUAGAACAUGAAUCAGUCGUGUCUAGUCGAGCUUGGUAUUGCAGUCCAGAAAGCCUGUGAGAAUGUUACACAGCCAUUGAAGUUUUUAUAUCCUUUGGAUAUUAGUAUUAAGGAGAAAAUAGAGGCAAUAGCAAGGUCAUAUGGUGCCAGUGGCGUUGAAUAUUCUGAGCAGGCUGAGAAACAGAUUGAGAUGUACAACAAGCAAGGCUUUUCUGGUCUACCAAUCUGCAUGGCAAAAACCCAGUAUUCAUUCUCAGACAAUGCUUCAGCAAAGGGAGCACCUAGUGGAUUUAUCUUAUCAAUAAGGGAUGUAAGAGCUAGCAUUGGAGCUGGAUUCAUUUAUCCUUUGGUUGGUACAAUGAGCACAAUGUCUGGGCUUCCAAAGGCCUUGCUUCUACGAGAUUGAUCUUGACACUGCCACAGGGAAGGUUAUUGGUCUUUCUUGAAGUUUUGUAAACCUCUUCCAAGCAUGUAUGUUUCUCUAUCUUGUUUAUGCCUCCUUUAAGCUUCAUGGAGCAGCAAGCGAGUGAGAUAGUUUGUUCCUGCCCUUUGCUUCGCUCAUCUGUUCCAUGUCCUGUUCUAAGUCAAACGUGUAUGAAGAAAAAUAAAUCUUGUUUUUCAAUCUUGGGUGAACAUUUUUCAUCAUGGUGGAUUCCAAUAAAAUAAUAAUGCAAUAGUUUUUUCUCACUGCUCUAGGGCUCUAUGCUGAGAAUAUACUCUCUCCAGGGAA